AUGAAUGCUACCAUUUUUCCCCCUUGCAAUAGUGUUGCUUUGUUCAUCCGCCGGAUCAUUUUCCUACACCAUCUUGAACCAGUUAACGGGAAUUGCCUAAUCUCUCCGAUUAGGCCCCUAGAGCUGGAGCGAAACUCCGGUAACUUCACUGAAUCCCUAUCGUUAGCAGGGCAGUCAUAUCAUACAUACCUAACGAUGUCUGAUCCGUCGUUGGGUGCUACCGAUGGUAGUGUUACGGCCAAGCGAAAGCGCGAUAGUACCGAUAGCACCGGUCCAGAUGCCCAGCGUCUGAAUCGAUCUUCCAAUGGGAGCAACGGCAGCAUUCCCGCCCCCGACACUCAGCCGAACUUCGCCCAUAGCUCUCUUGGAUCUUAUGACACGCAUCUUCCAAGUGCUACGACAGAACUCAACAUCGACCAGCAAAUCCUGCAGCAUGUUGGUCCUCAAAACGGUAUCUCAGAUGAUAACGCCCUCACUGCUAAGGCGGCACUCGCCGCCCACACCCCUCAGAACAAAUACCCGCCUCCCCCUGAUGCGACCUUUGACAACAAUCUCGCCCAUGGCUUGACGUUUGGAGACGAUAUGGGCCAGGCUAUCGGCUCCGCACAUGGUCACAAUUCUACUGCUGCCGCUGUCUACGCUGCUCGCGAAGCGCAGAGCAUGAACCAGAAGCCUUCUGUAGGUUCUCCCGAAUGGCAUCAGAUUCGGAAAAACAAUCACAAAGAAGUGGAGCGGCGGCGCCGUGAGGCGAUCAAUGAGGGCAUCAAUCAGAUCGCUCGCCUUGUCCCCAACUGUGACAAGAACAAGGGUGCCAUUCUGCAACGCGCAAUCGAAUAUAUAUGCCAACUACACGAAGAAAAGAAAGCCAUGAGUGAACGCUGGGAUCAGAACAAUAUGACCACGAGCCAUGCAAUCAACGAAAUCAGCUCGCAGAACUCCAAACUGAAGAUCGAAGUCAACCGUCGCGGUGACAUUGCGCUGAAGUGGUUGCAGCGCUGCCGCGACGCAGGUCUUGAUUUCGAAGACUACGAAGACUCGAAGGAGCUGGAGCCCCUUGACAUUGACCAAGGCCAGGUUUAA